AUGUCUUCCAAGGUUGCCAUGCUCCUGCUGGUCUCUCUGGCCGUCGUUGCCGUGAACGGCCAGGGCAACCAAUGUGUGCCCCUGGGUGGACGCCUGCUGUCCAUCUGCGACGCUGAGCUGUCCUUCCUGCGCGAGAUCUACCCCCUGGACAGCACCGCGCCCCCCACCGCCGCCCAGGUGCAGCAGGUGACUGAUACCAAGCCCGCCGACCUGCCCACCGAGGCAUGCUGCACCGCCGUGAAGGCCUUUGACGGCGCCCGCUGCCCCUGCGACGCCAGCAUCCCCACCCUGCUCGGCACCCUGGGUCUCUCCACCACCUCCACCGGCCUCCAGGGCGUCACCUCGUUCACUGGCCCCCUCUGCAAGUUCACCCCCGUGACCUGCUGA